UAGGAAUACCCAUGGAGGCGCCGCAACAGGACGAUGGCGGGUUCGAUGCCAUGGACACGGAAGCGUUGGCGCGCGAAGCCAAGAAGCGUGAGAAUGACCCGAACACAUACAAGCGAAGCGGAGGACGGAACGAACCGGUGAACUGCUUGGAAGACAUCUACAAGCAAUGGGACGAACUCAUCCCCGCCGACGAAUGGGAUCGGUACGAAGCGAUGACCAUGUUCGUCGUGGAAUGGAACCCUCAGACGCCACGAGCGUUGGAGAAGUGUUUGAUCGCUCUUCGUCGUCAAUACAAGACUCUCCCCAAGAAGUCCCAGCUCAAGUUCGUGUACAACGUGCUCGUGAAGCGCGGGACGGCACCGCCGCAAUUGGCAAUCGACACGCUGCUGGUGAAGAAAGCAGGCAAAAGUCAAAGCGGUGUGUUGGUCGUGACAGUGGUCACUAGUCCGUACCCCCACGGCCAAAAGUUUAGCUGCCAGUGGAAUUGCUACUACUGCCCCAACGAGCCAGACCAGCCGCGGUCGUACCUCCACGACGAACCCAGCGUCCUCCGAGCCAACCGCAACCGCUUCGACCCGGUGCUGCAAUUCUGCGAUCGCUGCGUGACCCUUGCCUUGAACGGCCAUCCCGUGGACAAGAUUGAGUUGCUCGUGUUGGGGGGCACAUGGGCGUCGUACCCAGUGUCUUACCAAGAAGAAUUUAUCCGAGACCUGUUUUACGCAGCCAACACGUUCCACGACCGCGUAAAACGCGAACGAAAGUCGUUGGACCAGGAAAAGCUCGAAAAUGAAACCACUUUGGUCAAGAUCAUCGGCAUCACGCUGGAAACCCGCCCGGACUGCAUCACGCCGGACGAGCUGCGUCGGUUCCGUCGGUACGGAUGUACCCGCGUGCAGCUGGGCAUUCAACACACGGACGAAGGCAUUUUGAAAAAGAUCAACCGCGGGUGCACGACCCAAGAUGCAAAGCGAGCCAUGAAGCUGUUGCGCGACUGCGGCUACAAGACAGACAUCCACUUGAUGCCAAACUUACCGGGCAGUUCCGUCGAUCUGGACCGUGCCAUGUUUGACUAUGUCCUCCACUCGCCCGACUUGCAAGCCGACCAGUGGAAGAUUUACCCGUGUGAAGUCACGCCGUGGACCGUGAUCAAGCGAUGGUUUGACGCGGGGGAGUAUGUCCCGUACGGUGACAACGAGCUCAUGGCGCUGCUGAUGGACGUCAAGGUGCAAGUGCAUCCUUGGAUCCGACUGAAUCGGGUCAUUCGAGAUAUCCCGUCGCAGUACAUUCUGGGGGGGAUGGACGAGCCCAACCUGCGGCAGGUGAUUCUCAAGCGCAUGGAGCAGGCGGGGCUCCGCUGCCGGUGCAUCCGCUGCCGCGAAAUAAAAGCCGACGCGCCGGCGGCCACCAAAGCCGAGCUGCUGGUCCGGACGUACGAAGCGAACGAAGGCACCGAGUACUUUCUGAGCUUUGAAACCCCUGACGAAAAGACCAUCUGCGGGUUCUGUCGGCUGCGCUUGUCUCCCACGGCGGGCGGCGGUACCUUUCCGGAACUCGAGGGCGCGGCGCUGGUGCGGGAGCUGCACGUGUAUGGCCAACUGGUGGUGGUCAACAGCGUCGACAAGUCCAAGGCCCAACACGGCGGGUUUGGCACGCAGUUGAUGCUCAAAGCGGAGGAAAUCGCCCAAGAACACGGGUUUACCAAGAUGGCCGUGAUUGCCGGCGUCGGCGUGCGCAACUUUUACCGCAAAUUGGGCUUUGAAGUCGAAGGCGAAGGCGAAUUGAUGAUCAAACACUUUCCAAAGAAAAAGUCGAGUUGGGCCAAGCCCGAAUGGCGCUGGGUGGCGGCUGCCGCCAUGGCGACCGUGGCCAUUGGGGUCGCGGCGCUCAAGAAGAGAGCGUAAGCUUAGUAGACUAAUGUAUAGCAUUUCCACUGACUUGCUG